AUGAAUCAUACAUCAUUUAAGAGGUGGUUUUGUGAAGAUCUUCUACCAAGUUUGGAAGAACCUACAGUCAUCGUUAUGGACAAUGCACCCUACCACUUCGCACAAAUUGACAAAGUUCCCUCAUCUAAUUGGAUGAAAAAAGAUAUACAAGACUGGUUAAAUAGAAAAAAUAUUGAUUUUCUUGACAAGGAAACUAAAGCGGAAUUACUUGUAAAAGUGAUACCUUUUAAACAACACAAAAAAUACGAGCUUGACGAACUAGCGUUGUCAUGGGGCCAUGAAGUGGUGAGGUUGCCUCCUUACCACUGCCAGUACAACCCGAUUGAACUUAUCUGGGCACAAGUCAAGCGAGAAGUUGCUACAAGAAAUAGUACUUUCGAAUUAGCAGAUGUUGAAAAACUCACUUCAGAAGCUAUAGAUAACGUCACCGCUGUCGAUUGGGAAAAUUGUGUGAGACACAGUGAGAAUUUGCAGUCUGACGAUUGGGCUAAAGAAAUUGUUAGAGAUGAAAUAAUGGAACCAUUUAUUAUAAACCUUAGAGACGACUCAUCAGACAGUGAAAACAGCGACAGUGACUGUGACAUUGACAAAGAUUAA